ACCCAGCUCUGGAAGUGAUUGCAGCUAUUUAGGGAGAUCUAGUAGGACAGGUAUUUGAAAUGGAGCUCCAGCCAUCUUUUGAGAGGGAUGUGGGAGCCAAGCUGAGGGGAAAUCAAAGUUGAUCAGUGGGGGGUGACAGUAGCUCGUGCUCGGCCCGGCGAACACACAAGACCACAUCCACAUGAAAAAAAAACUAUCAAAGGAAAAAGAAAAAGAAAAGAAGAAAAAUAUAUAUGGAAAUAAUAGUAUCUGCCCCUCCUCGCUCUUCUUCCACCAUUACCCCACUUUGCCUAGAAAGUACGCCAGACAGCCUCUCCGAACACUCUCAUCCACAGCUUGUCCGGUCAAACUCAAUCCUAGACACGACCCUGAUCUCGGAACUGUUCCUAUUACUAUUCACUUCGUGUCCAUUACCUCCGUGGACAGCCAUUAAAUCGCCUGCCGACACCUAUUUAAUACCAGAUCACUCCCCAAACAUUUCACCAACAACCAGUUCAAACACUUCAACAUCCCCUUUCCUACUACAUUACAUCCUCUCAUUCUCAAUGGGUACCAAAGGACGCGAAGUGCCGCGGGUCGUUUGUUGUGCCAUUCCAAUAACAAGUGCCGCCAGAAAGGUCCUCGUCAUAACAAGUAGAAAACGUCAAGAUCUCUGGGUCUUGCCAAAAGGUGGUUGGGAGUCGACGGAUGGUGUUUUAGAGGCCGCGGCCUCUCGGGAAGCCUUAGAAGAAGCGGGCGUUCGUGGUAGAAUCACGCGAUAUGUGACUACAAUCCAGUCACCGUCAACCACCUAUCACUUCUACGAGCUCGAAGUCUCGUCUCUAGAUAAAGAAUGGUUAGAAGGCAAAGAACGCACAAGAGAGUGGGUCGACUACGCAGAAGCGUACCGAAGGAUCGCGUGGAAGCCUGAGCUUGCGCAAGGUUUAUCUUUGUCGACGCUAGCGCCAAGGCGGUAGUCUUGUCGCCGCAUAUGACGCGGCCUGCAAGUGCGCCCUGUGUGGCGUGUACAUCAUUUGUUGCUGCCGCGCUCACAACUUUUAUGAAUGCCAGCUAGGACAUUUUUUCCGAGCGCCCCUACAACAUCA